UUCCGUGGUGUCGUCGGUGCUAUGAGAGUGUUUCUGGUGGUUUUGAGUGCGCUGGCGGUGGCGUUGGCCACCCAAUGUCCGUACUCGUCGAUGGAGCCCUUGUCCAGGACCAAAAGGAGUGCCUUUGAUAUUCGUCCUGGCGUUAGUGACGCCAGUUUGGAUGCCAUAAUCAAGGAUUUUCUGCCAAAGUUUACUGCUAACAAUGUGCACAAUGCUUGGGCGGUGCCUUCUGGUCCUCAGCAGCCUUUAAGAUGUGGAGUUCCCCCUCGCGACUGCCUAAAUGACACACGUAACCUGCACUAUCGGAGUAUCGAUGGAUCCUGCAACAACCUUGUGUAUCCGGACUUUGGCAUUGCUGUUUCCCCGUACCGCAGGCUUUUGCCACCCCGCCAAGUGGAACAGGCUCCCAAUGCUCGAUUGAUAUCCUUGUCGCUGUACGGCGAGCACACCACCAACGACUUAUUCCGCACCGUGGCGGCUAUGCAAUGGGGCCAGUUCGUGGCCCACGACAUCAGUCAGUUGAGCACGCAGGGAGCUCCCCUGGACUGCUGUGCCGAGCCACGUCAUCCCCGCUGUCAGGUCAUCAAUCUGCCGCGUGGAGGACCCAUCGCCUAUCAUACGGAUAAGACCUGUCUGCAUUUCGCUCGCAGUGUGUCCGAAGCAGAUGCCAUUUGCCCGAAGAGCGGUGCACCCUAUCCCGAGAAGCUGUCGGUGGCCACAUCCUACUUGGAUCUCUCAUCCGUCUAUGGAAACACUCCCGCACAAAACAGAAAAGUGCGUUUGUUUAAGGGAGGUCUUUUAAAAACGAGUUACACGAAUGGACAGCAUUGGUUGCCAGUAAGCCAAAAUGAGAAUGGCGAAUGUGGAGUCAGGAACGAAUGCUACAGCAUGCCGGACAGGCGGAAUCGCUUCUCGCCCACCAUCACUCUGCUGCAAACUCUGCUGGUGCGGGAACACAAUCGCCUGGCCGAGAAUCUGGCGCUGAUUAAUCCCGAUCACAGUGACGAGCGCAUCUUCCAGGAUGCGCGCAAGAUCAAUAUCGCCCAGUUCCAGAAGAUCACUUACUACGAUUGGCUGCCCCUGUUCGUGGGUCGCACCUACACCUAUCUGAAUGGAUUAAUCUAUCCAGUGGAGCCAACUGAAUAUGUGAACGACUAUGACGAGUCGGUGAAUCCUGCUGCCUAUGCGGAGUUUUCUGCCGCAGCUUUCCGAUACGGACACAACACGAUUCCCGGUUGGUUCUCGCUCGUUGCCCCCAAUCGAAGCUCCAACCAAACCCUGCGCCUGAGCGACUACUUCGAUCGAACGGAAACCAUUAGAUUGCUGCAUUCUGCAGAUAACUUUGAUGCCUUGUUGAGAGGUUUGGCCACCCAGCUGCAAAAGAGAUCGGAUGGAAACAUUGAUCGGGAGAUCAAGCACUAUUUCAACCGCAAGGAGUUCGAGGAUUUCGGUUCCGAUCUAAAGUCUAUUGAUAUUCAAAGGGCAAGAGAUUUCGGGUUGGCUUCCUACAAUGAUGUGCGGGAGUUUUGUGGACUGCGAAGAGCUGUGGAUUGGGCGGAUUUCGCUCAUGAGAUCCCCGGAGAGAAAAUCUCCCUCUUGCGCCGGUUGUACGCAACUCCGGAUGAUGUAGAACUGAGUGUGGGUGGCACUUUGGAGUACCAUGUUCCAGAAGCUCUUUUUGGACCAACUCUAUUGUGUGUUGUGGGAAAACAACUGUUGAACACACGACGCGGCGAUAGAUUCUUCUUUGAGCGAGAAAGCGCAGGAGGCUUUACACGCGAACAACUCGCUGAGAUCCGUAAAGUAAGCCUGUCCAGUUUGUUCUGCAGCAACGCAAACUAUCUUCACCUAAUCCAGCCAAAUGUUUUCGUAUUCCCUAACUCACACAAUUUACUUCUUAACUGCAAUUUCAUACCGCAAAUUGAUCUUAGCAAGUGGCAGGAUACCAGGCCCCAACUUGUGCACUAGUAUUAUUCCUAUUGUGUGUAUCUAAAACAAAUUCGUUCGACCAAUUUGUUCUUACAGAUACCAACCUUUUUAUUUAUUUAAAUUUUAAAUUCGUAUUGUCUCAACUCAAUUACACAAUUAAAAAACAAAAGUCAUUUUGUUUUUAAGUUUGUGGAACCUUCAAAACUAUAUUGCUCUAAUAAGCUCCAUGGCAAUAAAAUUAAUUGUUAGGAACAGUGUUGUUUUCUUUUUAUGUUUAAAAUGUUCACAAUAAAGCCCACACAAUAUAAACAAGCUA